AUGUAUUCCAAUCAGUACACUCCUCAGUAUUUUCAGUACAUUCAACCAUAUCAGCAAAGUCCAGCUAAUAACUAUCAAAUGUACAAUUAUAACCAACAACUGGCUUACAGCACUCCACAACCAACUCAAACAGCUGCGACAUUUAUAGGGCAAACCAUACCAGUCCAACAGCCACAAGCUACAAAUCCUAGAAAAAAGCUUUCAACAGUAUGGAUGGGGAACGUGGAACCUUAUAUGACUGAAAGUUUCAUCACUUCUGCAUUUCAUAAGAUGGGAGAAUUUCCAAAGAAUGUUAAGUUGAUUCGCAAUAAAGAUACUGGGCAAAAUGCUGGCUACGCAUAUGUUGAUUUAUAUGAUCCAGUAUCUGUUAUGCGAAAACUCAAUGGAAAAUUUAUACAUGGUACUAAUCCACCUGUUAAAUUUAAAAUCAAUCAUACUUUAAAUGAUGGAAAAUUUACUUCAAAUGGUAGAGGUUUUUCUGUGUGGUUAGGUGAUCUUAGCCCAGGUGUAGAUGACAAUCAGUUAUAUGAGACGUUUUCUUCCCGCUAUCCAUCAAUACGUAAAGCUAAAGUGGUCUUGGACAGUUAUGGUUUCAGUAGAGGAUAUGGUUUUAUGAAUUUUGCCAUUGAAGAAGAGCGAAAACACUUUCUUAACAAUAUGAAUGGUUUUCCAGGCCUUGGUUCCAAACCCAUUAAGGUUGCCAUACCAAAAUCAAAACGCCUUGUUGCUUCAAAUGACUCUCAAGAAUACAAUGCCAGUCAAGAUUAUGGACAAUAUUUUGAAACUGAUUGUUGGCGUCUGGCAUCUGGCAUCUGGUUCAAUCUGGAAAGAAACCUCGAAGCCAUAUAUGAAUUGUAA